AUGAUGGUGCAUUGUGCGGGCUGCGAGAGGCCGAUUUUGGACCGGUUCCUGCUGAACGUCUUGGACAGGGCAUGGCACAUCAAAUGCGUCCAGUGCUGUGAGUGCAAGUGCAACCUGACCGAGAAAUGCUUCUCCAGGGAAGGCAAACUCUACUGCAAAAACGACUUUUUCAGGAGGUUUGGUACCAAAUGCGCCGGCUGCUCCCAGGGCAUCUCCCCCAGCGACCUCGUCCGGAAAGCCCGGAAUAAAGUCUUUCACCUGAACUGUUUCACCUGCAUGGUCUGCAACAAGCAGCUCUCCACGGGCGAGGAACUCUAUAUCAUAGACGAAAACAAAUUUGUUUGCAAAGAGGAUUAUUUGAACUCUCCCAGUUUGAAGGAAGGCAGCCUCAACUCAGUGUCCUCAUGUACAGACAGGAGUUUGUCCCCGGAUCUCCAGGACCCCAUGCAGGACGACACCAAGGAGACGGACAACUCGACCUCCUCGGACAAGGAGACCACCAACAAUGAGAACGAGGAGCAGAACUCGGGCACCAAGCGGAGGGGGCCUCGCACCACCAUUAAAGCCAAGCAGCUGGAGACCCUCAAAGCUGCCUUCGCUGCCACCCCCAAGCCCACCCGCCACAUCCGGGAGCAGCUGGCCCAGGAGACUGGCCUCAACAUGAGAGUCAUCCAGGUCUGGUUCCAGAACCGCCGGUCCAAGGAGCGGCGGAUGAAGCAGCUGAGCGCACUGGGCGCCCGCCGGCACGCCUUCUUCCGCAGCCCGCGCAGGAUGCGGCCCCUCGGUGGCCGCCUCGAUGAGUCCGAGAUGCUCGGCUCGACGCCCUACACAUACUAUGGAGACUACCAAGGUGACUACUAUGGACCGGGAGGCAACUAUGACUUUUUCCCCCACGGGCCGCCCUCCCAAGCCCAGUCCCCGGCCGACUCCAGCUACCUUCAGAACUCAGGACCUGGCUCCACACCCCUGGGACCCUUGGAGCCCCCCCUAAGCGGACACCACUCCUCAGAAAACCAAAGGUACACGGAUAUGAUUUCGCAUCCUGACACCCCCAGCCCUGAGCCAGGGAUGACCGGUUCGCUGCACCCCAUCCCGGGGGAGGUCUUCAGUGGGGGGCCCAGCCCGCCCUUCUCCAUGUCCAGCAAUAGCGGCUACAGCGGGGCGCUCUCACACCCCAACCCGGAGCUCAGCGAGGCAGCGGUGUGGUAG